GCGACUCUCUCUCCGGCUUCCUCCUCGAGCACAAGUGUCGGGCCGAAAUAACUCCACCUAAGAGGGCGCUAUUUUGGGAAGGCCCUUACCGAUGAGUUCUCGAAGGGGCGCGCCGCCCCUGCCCCCGCCCAGAGACCCUGCUGGUAUCAACACCAUCGUGCAGCGGCACUCCAGCUGCUCUCUGCGCGAUCCCGAGGAAGACAUGAGCAGCGACAGCUCCUCACCGCCCCGGCCACAGCACAAACGACGCUCGAGUUACGAAAAUGUCGACGACCAGGGCUUCUACCCCAACAAGCCCCCACCGUCCUCGGCCGUCCGGAGGUCAAGGGAGUCCCUGCAACGAUCCACUCCAAGUCCGCGUCCCGUGGUGCGAUCUUCGCCCCGGCAUGAUUCGUGGUCGGAUGCUCUUAGUGAUGAUACGGGGGCGGAGCCUUCUGUAAGAAGAAGGCCGCCCUCCGCUUGUGGUAGGGCCCCGCGAAGCCACCGAGGCAGCAUGCCGCCUGUUGAUUGUUUGGGAUCGGGAUGGGGACAUCGUCCCUGCACGCCGUGUUGUGGGCCCUCACCGGUGCCUUACCAUUGGUGUGGCCCUCCUCAAGGAUGGUCUCAUUAUCCUGUUCACCAAGGUAAUGAUACUUCGUAUGAAUGUGAAGAUCUGCAACAAAGGAUAUGUCAGCUUGAAAUGGAAAAAGAGCAAUUGGCAUUGCAGGUGAACGUGCUGUCGGAUCAAGUGGAGGCACAGAACGAAAAGAUAAUGGAACUCGAAACUUCUUUGUCGCGCAGCAAAGAGCAACUCAGCAGUUCGGAAGCACUUUUGAGAAAGGAAAUGGUCUCCAGAUCGUCUAUAGAGAGCAGUAAGUUAGAUCUGAUGUCCCAGAUUUCUGCCUUGAGGUCGCGCCUUUCAGCUGUAGAAGAGGAAAAGAGAGAAAUCGAAGAAAGGAACCGAAAACUAGAAAAUGAGCUUAUUUUAACCUGUGCCUGUCUGGCUGAAAAAGAAGCGGAUUUAGCUACAAUUAAGUCAAAAAUGGCACGAAACGGAACAGUUACUCCAGUAUUUGAUUGUAGUCCAGAAAUGGAAAGAUUAAAGGGUGCAUUAUCAACUGUUAUGGCUGCUAAUGAUGAAAAGGAAAGAAAAAUCCAAGAAAUGAGAACAUCCUUAAAUCGAUAUAAGAAGCUGCAUGAAUUAGUUUUAUCCAAUCGCACAAGGAAAAAUAGUGAAGAAUUUUCUAAAAAACUGCCUUCAGAAGAAGAUAACAUUUUCGCUGCUCUUGAGAAUCUGGCAUCUUGUGAUUUGGAUGAUGUAAAAGAGCUGUCAUUUGAUUACAACUUAUCUGAGAAACCACCCCUAGCUCCUCGAUCAUUCCAACAGAAUUCAACCUUACUCUCCAUCUGCGAAGAUUUUCAACGUCCCUCCUCUCGACUCGGAGACAUUUCGAGACAAAGCCCCCUCUUCAGCCCUAUCAGAGGAGAAUCUCCCAGCCCCUUUUCUAGUCUCAACGCUCAUCGCUACAACAGCUCAGAAAAUGUGAGCCCUCCUACUCCACAGAAGACACCGCCAUCGAAACGUCACUAUUCUACUCUACCUCGUCCGAACCAAACAGAAAUACUAAAUAGAUACAUCAAACCUCCAAAUCAGUCUUCACAAGCUGGCAUGUCAUUAGGUCAGACUUCCCAAUCUUUCCACAAUCUUCACCAAACCACCACGGAGUCGUUCCGCCCGGUUCGCUCCAAGCCUUCCUCUGGCAUGGCUUUUGGUAAAGGAUUCUUUAAACUGAGGCUGGGGAAGCGCAGCUCCAGUGCUCCGGAACUAGCUCCUGAAAAAUUAGACGAUGGCAGCUGUUCGCCAAAAUUUGAACAAUCCAGUCGGAAGCAGUCAUCACCACUUCCUGUUGUCCCACCAAAGGAAAAAUCGAAAGGUCUACGGAAAAUAUUUGGAAGAGUGAAAAGGACCGGCUCUGAAAACUUAAAUUCUUCAGCUGCUGAGCUUAAAAGAGGCGGAAUCCGAGCUACUGCUGGACCUCGCCUUGGCUGGUCCGAGGACUUCAAAGUAAAACGUGAAAGUUUCAGGGUGAGUAAACCUUUUGCAGAAUGGGACUCCUCUCUAAUAUCUGAUUGGCUGGUGAGUAUUGGUCUCAGUAUGUAUGUUCCUGACUGCAAAAAAUGGGUUAAAAAUGGAGAUCAGCUGCUCAAAGCAUCUACAAGCGAUUUUGAAAAAGAGCUGAACAUAAAGAACCCCCUUCACCGGAAGAAACUUCUUCUGGCAAUUAAUGGUGCCAAAGAACAGACUGGAGAUACCGUGGAGCCUGCCGGGAAGAUCGACCAUCAGUGGGUGGUGCGAUGGUUGGAUGACAUUGGCCUGCCGCAGUACAAGGAUGCUUUCUACGAUGCCCGUAUAGACGGCCGAAUGUUGCACCAACUGACUCUGGAAGAUCUCUCUCAUUUGAAAGUGACCAACUUACUCCACCAUAUCAGUAUUAAAACAGGUAUCCAGGUACUUCGAGAGAACAAUUUCGAUCCCCAUUGUCUGCAGAGACGCUCUCUUCCUGACGAUGAGAAGACCAAAGAAGACGUCAGCCGCUGGACGAACCAUCGAGUCAUGGAGUGGCUGAGGACGGUUGAUCUCUCUGAAUAUGCACCGAAUUUGCGUGGAAGUGGCGUCCAUGGAGGUCUGAUGCUGUAUGAACCUCGUUUUAAUGCGGAUUUGAUGGCUACUCUUUUGAACAUCCCACCCAACAAAACCCUCCUGCGUCGUCACCUCUCCACCCAAUUCAAGCAGCUGAUUGGUCCAGAUGUUAUGCAGAAGAAAAGAGAGUGGGAAGCCCAGGCUAACUAUACACCCCUUUCACCGAGUGCUAAAGUUAAAACACUGAAACGCAGUCCGUUUUCUUUAGGAAGGAAAAAGAACAAAAACGAGUUCGAUCUCGACGAUUUCGUGUGCCCUAUGAAUUCCAAUGAGAAAUUAUUUGGCUCCAUGUUACUCAACGGGGCGGAGAACCGCACCGAAGAGGAGAAGUUUCUCAUGAAAGAGAUGGUUUUGAAAAAUGACAAGAUCCUUGAAAGCAUGCCUGCUUCGAAUGUCUAAUGAAUGACUUUUUUACACUCUUUCUAAGCUGUACAUAUUGUAUAUGCAUCGAGUUUCAUCACAGAUGUUUUUAUAUAAUGAAUAUUUUAGUAAUAUAUAAUGGAUUCACAUUUUAGAAAUUGUUAUUAACAUUUUUUGUAGAAUAUACAAAAACAGCACAGAAAGAAUCAUGUACUCAUAUACUGGUAAAAUCACAAAAAAUAUUUUAUGAAAA